UGGCUCUUGAGCCGAGCUGCGACGAUGCAACCAAGCGGCAGAUGGCCGUCUACUUCAACGUCGAGGACCAAGACAAUGCCAUCUCUCUCCACACGAAACACCUGGGCAUGCCGUCUACGUCCCAGCUGUUCCGAACCCAGAGGUUCAUCGGCCUGUCCAACACCAACCCCAAUCGGAGCAGACCGGCUCUGCCUGGCAGGAAGAGAGGAGCCAGGGUUGAUCCUGCGCUGAUCCUGCAAUGGCUUCGAAUCUGCGAGACGGAGCACACGGUCCAGUGCACUAGGAUGUGGUCCGAUCGGCUGCUCUCGAGUCGCAUGAUUGACGUCAAGGCACGCAAGAUCGUCACCUGCCCCUCUCAAUGCCGAUACGUCGCGCUGAGCUACAUGUGGGGAGGCGUCAGUCCGCAGCCAGGCGCCCUGGAGGCGGGAACGCUUCCGAGAACUAUCGAAGAUGCGAUAACGGUGACCAAAGCUAUUGGCGUCGACUAUCUGUGGGUUGACGCCCUCUGCAUCGACCAGUUUGCAAGCGACCAGCAGAGGCAGCAGCUCGCCAUGAUGGACCUCCUGUACAGCUGCGCUUACAUCACCAUUGUCGCACUGCACGGGGACAAUGCGGAUUCGGGGCUCUGCGGCGUGCGAGAUGACGAGUCCCCACGUCCCAGCCAGGCCUGUGAAGUCAUCGACGGCACCGAGCUGGUCUCCAUCUUCGCCCUGGCAGAGCUCGAGUUGAUGACUUCUCAAUACAACACACGGGCGUGGACACUGCAAGAGUUCCUCCUCAGCCCGCGCAGGCUGGUCUUUGGCAAGAACCAGGCUCACCUGUUAUGCAACACGGCCCAGUACACGGAGACUAUAGACGAGACAGUCGAUCCGGCCAAGGUGCUAGCGCCGCCAGAAGGGACGCAAACUGGGUUUUACUUUCCUUCCUCCCACGCCGAUGCCGCCCCAGCAAGCCGCCUGGCGGUCGCAGACUUCCACUACCGCCAGCUCGUCGACGCCUACACCAACCGCAAGAUGACCAACAGCUCGGACUCGCUCAACGCCGUCCUCGGCGCGCUCGAGUACCUCCGCAAGGCCGUCCUGCCGGGCGGCUUCGUGUUCGGCCUGCCGCUCGCGGAGCUGCCGCAGUCCCUGCGCUGGAUCCACCACCGCAGCGUCCAAGCUCGCCGGCGCCUGGCGUUCCCGUCCUGGAGCUUCGUCGGAUGGGAGGGCCCCGCGCUGUACAAUGAGACGCUGGACCUCGUCCACGGCGAGGGCGAGGUCAGGAGGUACGACGCCAAGACGGACCUGGUGGUCGAGUAUCUUGGCGUUGCUGAUGGCGGCCACCACCACACUCUGCGUCUGCGUGGGAACACCCUGCGGCUCGAGAUACGCAACCAGCCGUUCAACGAUGGGUACGUGGUUGGCAGUGACGGCGGGAUUCUGGUCGGUAUGCUGCACGAGGGCAACGCCCUGCACAAGAACACGUUGCCGGAGGGAGUGUUUGAUUUCCUCGUUGUGGAGAGGCUGACGUACAGAGCUGCACCGGAGGGUCGAGUCCGGCAUGCGUUGUAUCUUCUUAUGCUAGAUCCAGGUCAUGAGAAAGGGGUGUGGGAAAGGCGGUCGAUGGUGCGUCUGUUUGUCGAGCCGGGGUUUGAGACGAGUCCCGAGUACGGAAGUCUACUGGGCCAGCGGAUAGAUGUCAAGUUGGAGUAGGCAUGCCAUCUCGUCUCUAAUGAAGCAGGUCAUAGUCAAGAGUUCAACGGGCAGAACGUCGAAGGUCUGCCGUAACAAGUUUUCGAAGAAGAAGCAGACGCUAUACUGUGCAAGGCCGUAAGGGAGUUGAUUACCAGUUUUGGCCGAGGAUUAUCCGCGAAUGAGCAGGAGGCGCAAUGAAAGCGUUGGUCAGUAGAUCUAGGCCAGUGCGGGAAUACACA